GCACUCGAAAAUAGGCGAAGAUUUCGAAAAUUCCUAUUUCUCAGCGUACAGUUUCUCGUCACGAUGAUUGUCGCAUCCAUUCAUCGAUCAUUCCAUGAGAUCAAAAUCAAUCUCUCUUACGCUGAUCAAUUAAUUAAUCACCUUCUCUGUCGACGCCCAUCACUUUAUUAUUACACAAAUCUCCCUUCCGAUACCGGCGAUUUUCGAUUUCUGGAAUUUUCACAAUUUAUGCGACCACAUUCUUCAUUUUUUUUUUCUUCUCAAUGGAAAUGCAAAAUUGAUUAGCUCUUUCUCCGAUAUAAAUGGGCAUUCCAAUAAAUAUUACUGUAGGUUCUCAAGUGUGGAUUGAGGAUCCAUCAGUUGCUUGGAUUGAUGCACAAGUAUCAGAGGUUAAUGGACAGGAAGUUCAGGUUCAGACAUCUGAUGGGAGGACGGUUGUAGCAACUUUAUCAAAAACUCACCCCAAGGAUGAAGAUGCUCCUGAUGGAGGAGUGGAUGACAUGACUGAACUUUCAUAUUUGCAUGAGCCUGGAGUCUUACAUAAUUUGGCAACAAGAUAUCAACUCAACGAAAUCUAUACUUAUACUGGAAGUAUUCUUAUAGCCAUUAAUCCGUUCCAAAAACUGCCUGAUUUAUAUGAUGGCCGCAUGAUGGCAAAAUACAAAGGAGUACAACUCGGUAAACUAAGUCCUCAUGUCUUUGCUAUAGCUGACACUGCUUACAGGGCGAUGAUCAACGAGGGUAAAAGCAAUUCUAUACUGGUUAGUGGUGAAAGUGGUGCUGGUAAGACUGAAACUACUAAAAUGCUUAUGCAAUAUCUUGCCUAUUUGGGCGGCCAUAAGGGCUCUCAAAAACGGACUGUGGAACAACAAGUGCUGGAGUCAAAUCCAGUACUUGAAGCAUUUGGCAAUGCCAAAACAGUUAGAAAUAACAAUUCAAGCCGUUUCGGUAAAUUUGUGGAGAUUCAGUUUGAUAAGAAUGGAAGAAUAUCUGGAGCAGCUAUUAGAACGUAUCUUCUUGAAAGAUCUCGAGUUUGCCAAGUUUCAGACCCUGAACGGAACUAUCACUGUUUCUACCUUCUAUGUGCAGCACCACAGGAGGAGAUCAAAAGGUACAAGUUGGGGGAUCCCAAAUCAUUUCGCUAUCUCAACCAAUCAAAUUGCUAUGAACUAGUAGGUGUUAAUGAUGCCCAUGACUAUCUUGAGAUAAGGAGGGCAAUGGAUAUUGUUGGAAUUAGCGAGAAAGAGCAGGAAGCAAUUUUUAGUGUUGUGGCUUCUGUUCUUCAUCUUGGUAAUAUAGAAUUCGAAAAGGGCAAUGAAGUUGAUUCAUCAGUUGUGAAAGAUGACAAAUCUAGGUUUCAUCUUCAAACUACUGCAGAGCUUCUGAUGUGUGAUGUUACUUCACUGGAGGAUGCCCUACUAAGACGUGUAAUGGUCACUCCUGAAGAAGUUAUAAAGAGAAGUCUUGAUCCUGAAGCUGCAGCAGUAAGCAGAGAUGGAUUAGCUAAAACACUAUAUUCUCGCUUAUUCGACUGGCUGGUGGACAAAAUAAAUAACUCGAUUGGACAAGAUCCUCACUCAAAAUCUCUAAUUGGUGUUCUUGACAUUUAUGGUUUUGAAAGUUUCAAAAGUAAUAGUUUUGAACAAUUCUGCAUUAAUUAUACUAAUGAGAAGCUGCAGCAACAUUUUAACCAGCACAUGUUCAAGAUGGAGCAGGAGGAAUACACUAAGGAAGAGAUAGACUGGAGCUAUAUAGAAUUCGUGGACAAUCAGGAUGUUUUAGAUCUUAUUGAAAAGAAACCUGGAGGCAUCAUUGCUCUUCUUGAUGAAGCCUGUAUGUUCCCCAAGUCAACUCAUGAAACAUUCUCACAGAAGCUUUAUCAGAUAUUCAAGACCAACAAACGCUUUGUUAAACCAAAAUUGUCCCGCACUGAUUUUACCAUUGCUCAUUAUGCUGGAGAGGUUCAAUACCAGUCUGAUCAGUUUUUAGAUAAGAACAAAGACUAUGUCGUUCCUGAGCAUCAAGAUUUGUUAAGUGCUUCUAAAUGCCCAUUUGUAGUGGGCCUUUUUCCUCCUGUUGCUGAGGAGUCAACUAAAUCUUCAUCCAAAUCUUCCAAGUUCUCAUCCAUUGGUUCUCGUUUCAAGUUACAACUCCAAUCAUUGAUGGAAACUCUGAAUUCUACAGAACCUCAUUACAUUAGAUGUGUGAAGCCUAACAGUCUUCUGAAACCGGCAAUAUUUGAGAACGUUAACAUUAUGCAGCAGCUACGUUGUGGUGGUGUUCUAGAGGCAAUCAGAAUUAGUUGUGCUGGCUAUCCCACGCAUAAGACAUUCUCUGAGUUUAUGAAUCGAUUUGGUGUUCUUGCUCCAGAGGUCUUCCAAGAGCAGGAUGAUGAAAAAGUUGCGUGCAAAAAGAUAUUAGAAAAGAUAGGGCUUGCUGGUUAUCAGAUUGGACAAACAAAGAUUUUUUUGAGAUCAGGGCAGAUGGCCGAGCUAGAUGCACACAGAGCACUAAAGCUAUCCGCUGCAGUUAAGACAAUACAAAAGGAAACUAGAUGUCAUAUUUCUAGGAGAGAUUAUGUUUCUUUGCAGAAGGUGGCAAUUUGCUUACAAUCCUUGUGUCGAGCAAGGUUUGCUUUCAAAUCAUAUGUUACCUUGAAAAGAGAGGCUGCUUCUCUCAAAAUCCAGACAAAGUUGCGUGGACACUUAGCCAGAAAAUCCUACACGAAACUUAAAUUAGCAGUCAUUGCUCUUCAGACUGGAAUUCGAGUGGCAGCUGCACGAACUAAGUUCAGAUAUGAAAAGCGAACCAAGGGAGCUCUGAUUAUACAGGCCUAUGAGCGCCGUCACAAAGUCCUUUCAUACUAUAGGAAACUCAUAUGGGCAUCAAUUUUUACACAAUGCAGAUGGAGGGGAAUUGUUGCAAGGAGAGAGCUUCGCAAACUAAAGAUGGCUUCAAAAGAAACAGGUGUGCUUAUAGAGGCAAAGGAUAAGCUUGAAAAACAGGUGGAAGAACUUAGAUUGCAGUUGCAGUUGGAGAAACGUCUAAGGAUGGACUUGGAAGAGGCAAAGGAUCAGGAAAUAGCAAAAUUGCAUAAUUCAAUGCGAGACAUGCAAAGCAAACUGAAUGAAACAGAUACACUGCCCAUCAGGGAAUAUGAGGCUGCUCCAAAAGCAGUUGAAGAAGACUCUUUGAUUGUUGAUAAGAAACCAAUUCUUGUCGAGGAUGAAGAAAUCAUUGAAUCUUUAACUGCAGAGUUGAAAACUUUAAAGGUGUUAUAUCAAAAAGAAAAGCAACGUGCUGAUGAUUCUGAGAGGAAAUGUGCUGAAGUUCAAGAAUCAAGUAAAGAGAAGUGCCGGAAGUUGGAAGAAACUGAAAGAAAAGUUCAACAACUUCAGGAUUCAGUUAACAGGAUGAUUUACAGUAUAUCAGACCAAUUCUCAGAGCUGAAAAUGAUAUUACAUCCUUCUUCCGGCCAGAGUUCAGCUUCAGGACUCAUUUCUAGAGGUUAUCCUGAUGAUGCUACAUCUGCUUCAGCUGAUGCUACGUGUACCAACUCUGACUUUACAUUUCCAGCUCCUGGCUCAACUCCAACCCAAUUUUCUUCUCCAGAUUCUCAUGCUUUUCAGCUUAUAGUUCAGGAUCUGGCAGCAGCUGAUAUCUCAGGUUCUGGAAACUGGGAAAAUGACCGGGACGGGAUAUUUGAUGACUUCUUCUGAUGGAAAAUGUUCUUCAAUUUGGUAUAUCUCUAUACAUGCUAGCCUUAGAUGGUUAGCCUAUUUGGCUUUUAGCAGUCAUCUCAACCAGAUCUAAACAACUACCUUUGUACAGCAGCAUGAUCAGGUACAGUUUCUCUCAAACAAAAGUUAUUCUGGUAUUGUAGUUUCUCCAUGAACUACUCUCUUAUGUUCUGAAUUUAUGUGCGAUUAAGUGGGUAAUUUAAGUAAAAUGGUCAAUUUAAUGUAGACCUGCAAGAGCUGUUUUGCAAGCCUGCUGCUCUCUAUGAGUUAGAACCACUCCUUUUGCAUGCAGAACUCUAAAAUACCCUUUCGUUGUAUGGCUCCAACAAAUGGUGCUGCCAGGAUCAAGUAGGGAAAUAAAAUGUUGAUCCAUAGACUUGUUAUCACAUUGUGUUCUUACCCGAAACAAGUCUCAUUUUCUUCUUUAAUUUGUUUGAACCAUUAGUUUGGUAACUCACAAUGAAAAUUGUCAAUGCACCAAAAUUAUGUUUAUUAUUUAUAUCCUUGAACUACAAAAUGGACAUCUUGGAAUAGUUGAAAUUUCUGGAUUUAGUUAUGAAAAAACUAUUUAACCUUUUCCAAUAGGUUGGUGAAAAGCUGACCAACCUAGAUUCGGAAAAGAAACAGCAGGCUCUGUCAAUGGCUCAGAGCAAUACAUGCUGUUUGGAUGCUCCAGAUCAAUUAUUCAGGUAAUCCUGGGUAAAAUCUUUCUCAUAUUUGACUUUAGAAUCUUUAUCUUUGCUUACUCUUACCCAUUAUGUCAUAUUGUAAGAGGUCUGAAGCCAAAACGGUAACAUAGUAAUUCAAAGGCUUGUAGAUUACAUUGUCGUUCGAGUAUUUUGCUUACUUGUUCUAUCAGUUAACUAAGAACUGGGAUUUAUAAUAGGAUCAACAGAUCACAUCACUGAAUUCAAGUGUUAAUUAAGAGGUCGAGGGAAGACCGCAAAAAUCACUUGAUGAGAAAAAGGGGUACCAGAACUUGUUCAUACACUGUAUUACACUGUGCUCUUGACUUCUUUGAGGACAGAUCUGGUCAUGCUUGCACUAUCUACAAGUGCCUUAUGCAGUGGCGGUUGAGAGGACUCAAGCUAUUGAGUGUUAUUAAAGCCCCUAGAAAAUGAUGAUAAUAUCCUAUUGGCUAGCUGAUACAUCCACUCUGUUGGUGCUGCUCAAACAUACAUUGGAAGCUGGUGUACUUUUGAAUAAUAACGUACCGGCAGUCACAUUGGCUACUCUAUUCCAUAGAAUGACACAGCUAUCAGGGAACCCCUCAAGGAGUUAAUCUUUCUCCCAUCAUUGGUGAUUCAGCUGGCGUGCUGAAGGCAAAGAUCCAGAUUCUCUGUUCGAUUAGCAGCUAACAUCAUCUGUAGAAAUGAUUUAUGGGACUAAUCUGUGAUGAUUCUGCAUCUAGGCUUCGAGAUUAUCCAGACCAGGCAUACUAAACGAGACUGCAAACACACUCACCAAUGCUGCUACUCAGUGCUCACUGGCAACAUGUCAAGAGACUUUCUAUCUAUCUGAACAUGCUGAAAUCCAACCAUGAUUGUUGCUGAUAAAUUGCAAACUGGGGAGAGACCAGAGUCCAGAUGUGCCAAUAAACAUAUGCCAACCUUGGAAUGCUUGUAGACUUGAGAGAGAAUACUCUAAGCACAAUUUUGCUACAGAAAUUUUUUACAAUAGUUUUGAGCACACUUUUGUAGCAUAAUCAAUUCAAAAAGUUCAAUAAACAAUCAAUCUGUAUACAAAACUCGUUGCAGUAAAUUAUAUAAAUCCUCUGUGUAUGUUUAGAGGAUUUGUCACAUUUUAAUUAUUUUUGCACUGGCUAUCAACCCCUAGGCGGAUCCAUGAUUUGAAGUUUGUGGUUUCCCACCUAUGACCAAGAGGGAAAC